AGACUCGGGAAGGAGAAUUUGCGGAAUAGCGAGGAGAGGGGAACAAUCCCGGCGUCCCGGACGGCUGUCAACCAGCGUCGGCGUGCUCUACUACUCAGUCGCGUUUCGGCAUCUCUGUGACACGUAUUUACUGUAUCAUAAAUAUAUUGUAAAAAGCACAUUUAAUAGUUAAGUAAUAUCGAUUUUUGUAAAAUAUUUUCUCAGAUGAAGAGUUAAUCAACUAAGUAGUGACAGUUAUAAAAAGACAACAGACAAGUUUCAGUGUGACAAUACGUCAAAUGCAGCGUCAUUGGAAGCAAACGGGUACGACGCCGACGUCAAUGUCCCGCGUACCAACGAUAUCGUGUGAUAAUAAUUUAAAAUUUCAGAAUUUUGAGACUUCUCAGUGUACAAAAAUUAGUUGUCGAUCGUCUGGUGCUUGAAAAAUAGACUAAAAAUCGAAAAAAGAUUGAUUUAAGCAACGUUUUUGUACUACGGAACUCAAUUAAUUUUGGACCAACAGUCAUUUGACAGAAGUCAAUGCACGUGAGGCUUGCCGCCACGCGCUCUUUGGUUUAUUGUGGGCAGAUUAGUGGAAAUAAAGAAUUUCAUAAUUUAUGAAAACGAUUAAAUGUAUCGUCCUUGAAUAUUGAAUUUAUUUUAACGAAUUCUUUGAGAGAAUUUGAGCUUGUGAAAUAAUCUACCUGACAAACGAGGGUCGCAAUUUCGAAAAUUCGUGGGUCUCGCCUAACAAAGACAACGACGAUGUUGCCGCCAGCAGCUCUACACAUGGAGCAAAGAAUUAAUGCUGAUAGAGCAGGUAUGCAGCAACAUCACCCUCACCAUCAUCAUUCGCAUCAUUUGGAUCGACGUUCACAAUCCGUCAAUGCCGGUAGAGACUCUAGAUAUUCGCAUAGACCUGUCUUGUCGGCAGCUAGAGAACGUUUUCCGUGCACAAGUAGCACUGAUGAUGACCAAAGUGGAUCGGAUGCUGAGCAUGAAAAUUCUGAAAUUCGUAGUAAAAAUCAUACUAGUAUUUUACACCAUUCAGGAACACAUUCAGUUCGUAAACGCCGAGGUAAUCUUCCGAAACACUCGGUCAAGAUUCUUAAGAGAUGGCUGUACGAACACAGAUAUAAUGCAUAUCCCAGUGACAGCGAAAAACUCACAUUGAGCCAAGAAGCCAAUUUGACUGUUUUACAGGUAUGUAAUUGGUUUAUAAAUGCAAGACGUCGAAUUUUGCCAGAAAUGAUCCGUCGAGAGGGCCAUGAUCCCCUUCAAUAUACUAUUUCUCGUCGGGGUAAAAAGAUGCCCGGUGGAAGCCAUCAACAGUCAUCAGGUCUCAGUCCAAAUGCCAAUCAAGACUGGGACACUUUAAGUGACAAUGUUCCUGCAAAAAGACGACGAGAUCACGAUUAUGAAGAUCAUGUUCUUUAUCGAAGUGAAGAAGAUAGUCCAAAUGACUAUGAAAGCAGUUCUCAUAGUGAAGAAGAACGGCCAUCAACCCAAUGGCCCAGUGUUAUCGUUUAUCCGUUUUCGGAAACUAAAGUAGAACCAUCAAACGAAUUUAAUUAUGGAGAGGCAAUAAAUCACCCUGCUCGACGAGGGGAAGAAGAGACAUCCGUAAACGAAGCAGCAUAUUGGAGUGCACCUCGACAGCAUUUAACUACCCCUGGAGUAUCACAUGAGUCUGAGGUCUUUGGCACGCACAAUCGGAAUCAUAACGAUCAAACACCACCUCCAACUCCACCUGAUGAAGACAAAGAUAAGUUUAAGUGUCUUUAUCUUUUAGUUGAGGCAGCUGUAGCUGUUCGACAACAAGAAAAAGAACGUGAAAAUACUGUGUCGGUUUAAUAUUUCAAUUAAGUUGAAAAACAAAACGUAACUCAGUGAAUUUAGGUGAUCUAAGAUUGAAAAUAAUACUUAAAUGCUCACUAUUGGCUCUAUCAAGUGAUAAAUACUUUAUUCGUCUCGUUUGGAAUUAUUACUGAAAUGAAACAGUAAAAAUGAAAAAAAAAACUAUACAUUUAAAAAUAAUAAAUUUUCGGCUAGAUUCGAAAACAAUAAGAACGCACAUUUUUAUACAAAAAAGUCUAAAAAUAAAGUAUUUAAAGAAAAAUAAUAAAAAUAUCAUAAAUUGUGGAGAAAUUUCCUAACAAGCGUUUUAUUAAAUAGCAUUUCGUUGGAAAACGUUUACAAAAUAGAAUAAGUAGACAUUCAUAAGAAUUAUUUAGAUAAUACCUCUUUCUUAAAAUUAUUUGUAUUCUUCCCGGGUUUAUAUUUUUUCUAAACUUUUUAAAUGAUUCAAAAAAUAAUCAUUUAAUUAUUAAAAAAAUUACGAUUCCUAUCUUAUCUAAAUAUUUAUUCAUUCAACUAUUGAAAAAUAAUCGAUUUUAGUUUGCGACUAAUAACAAUUUGAUCAUUUCGAAUUGAUUACAAAAAAAUUUUUUGUUCGUUCAGUUUUACAAAAAAAGUUUGAAAGUGAACAUCAAUAUUAAAAAAAUUCAGUGUUUAUUAAGUUUAAGUAAUAUUCUUCUUUCAUGAUAUUAACUUUUAUUGCAAAAAAAUAUCAAGAAGAAUAAUAAUAAACCAGUGGUUAAAAAAAUAAGUGGUAAUAACUAUAAGAGUAGUAUUAGUAUUAGUAGUAGUAAUAACAGUAAGAGUAAUAGUAACAAAAUAAUAAUAAUGUAAAUGACUAUAAAAAUAGAAAUAAUUAUUUCAGAACUAGAAAUAAUCAUAACGAUAAAUCAUAGGUAGAAAUCACAAAAAUACAGUACCAAUAUUUCUUUUUUAUAAAUUAAUCAUUAUUUUUUUCCAAAAAAUAGCUAAUAAAGUCAUCAAAAAUGUGAAUCUCGUAAAAAUGAAUCGAGUGAAAUUAUGAUCGAACAUAUUCUCAAAAUAAUAAAAUUUUUUUAAGUUUCGUUUUUCGUAAUUGCGGUAGAUAAAUGGAUCAUAAGUUUUUUUUAUCAAAAUGCCCAGACGAUUGUAAUGUCCAAUUUCAUUUUGUCAUAUCACUUAUUAUUUUUUAAAAAACCAUAAUGUACAAAAUUGACAGUAAUUAUUACAAUAAAACAUUCAAUUCAAAAUCUAAUGAAUGAUUGGGAAAAAAAUAAUUCAGUCAAUGUCGACGUAGUUAAAUAGUAUUGAAGUAAACAAUGUAUUUCAUUUUUUUUUUUUCUUUGAUAUCUUAAAGUUCAUUUUCGAUGAAAACUGUUAUUAUGUAUAUUUUUUUUAUAAAAACAAAAAAAAAACAAAAAAAUUCAAAAAUGUUAUUCUUUAUUGAAAAUACAAUAUAUAUUGUGAAAAAAUUGGUACAAACACCAAAGACUUGAAUAUUAGUAGUUAAUAAAUAAUUCGUACAAAUUCGUCAGUUAACAUCAAUUUGAAAGAUAGUAAGAAUGUACAAUACAUAAUCUUUAGAUUUAAAAAUUUUGUAGAUAUUUUUUUUUUCUUUUACACAGAUGCUCACUAUUAAAGCAACGUAUUAGUUUUACAUCUAAAAUAAAUAGUAAAAAAGUUGUUAGCAACUCGAAAAAUUCGAUAAUGUACAAAUUCAAAUUAUUUCACAAUAAUAAUCAAUAUAGUUUUAGAUUCAAACUCAAUUUAGUUGUUACUCUAAUUAUAUUCUAUAAUUAGUAAUAAUAAUUAAUUAUAAUAGUUAUAAAAAACAAUAAUAAUUUCGAACAGUUAAAUUAAGAAAAUAUUUUUAUGUAAUUAUUAAUAAUAUUUCUCUAAACAUGUGCUUAUAUUGGCAGUUGUUAUUGCGCUACUAACGUUCGAUAAAUUAAUCAAAAUCAACACUAUUUAUCAGGUGCUUACUAUCACAUUUCUUCUAUAAAACAAAGAUAAAAAAGUAAUAUUUGAUUUUAAUGUUUAAGACUAGAUCGCCAAAGGAAUGGCCUCAAGCUCAGACUACAAGAAAAAUAUUCAUUCGAUUAAUUAGUACCUGAAAAUGUGUUCGUUUAAAUUUUUAUCGAUCGUUAUUCAUUAAGAAGUGACCGUUUGAAUUUUUUAUAACCACAUCAUUUAUUUGAAAAAUAAUGACUUGCACGUGUCUUCAUUUUUUAGAAGAAAAAUAUCACGUUGCUAUGAUUUUAUAAUGAGAAUUGAUAAGUCGUGACUCUAAAAAUGAUUUUGUUGAGAAAACAGUUUUUUUAAAUUAACUUUGUUUUUAGUUUAAAAAUGAAAGUAGUAAAUAUCUUGCUAAAUGUGAUGCGGAUAGUUUCAAUAUAAUAUUUAGAGUAUACUGUUGAUUAUUGGUCGAGUUUAAAUUUUCUAAUAAAAUAAAUAUUGUUAACUACUGAUAAUGAUGAAAAAAAUAGUAUGGAUAUAUUUUAAUGAUAAAAUAAAAUCUUGCAAAAAAGUGAAAGAAGAAAAAAAUUUUAAAUAAAAUUAUUGUACAGUAAAUAUUAAGUGUUUUGAACAACCAGUACUCACUGCCACAGAAGUCCGAAGUGUAUUAAAAUAUUUUUAUUUUUUUUUUUUUAAUUUAAUGUUUAUUAUAUUAAUCAAUACUAUUAUUUAUAAUUAUUAUUGAUAUUUUUGGAAUCAUUUUUUGAUUAUUAUA